AUGUUAAAAGUUGAUGCUUCGUCUAUUGACGAAUUGCUUCGUGAGAUUGACCAAACAGUGUAUGAACAUCCGAAACACACCACUCGCGAAAUUCCGUUCCAGAUCAAAGGAACAGGAAUUGUGGGUGAUGUAACUUUAUUUAAUGUUGGAUUUCAACAUCAUCCCGAAGUCUAUUUUGCGAAAGCGGAACAACAAGGCAAGGAAGCCUUUUCGUCCACUCAUAUUCCCUUCUCACCAAAUCCAUCACCAUCGAAUUUUAUGAAGGAAAAUUAUCUAACACCCAAGCUGGAGAACGACAAGGAAGAUUAUAGAAUUUUCCCAAGAUUAUUUAAACCGAACGAAUUGUACUCUUUUGCAGUCUCAAAGCCAAAAUAUGUGAUCGAGACAUUUAAAGAUCCUUUCACAGGAAAAAUCAAAGAAUGUAAAGAAGUGUACAUGCCACAAGUCAACGAUACUUCAAAAACCUCUACAUCCUUGUUGAGACAACCAGCUGCAAGUAAAGACUUUGUUAGAGGAAAUAGUCACAAUGUGCCAUUUGAGUUUGGUGGUAUUGAUAGAGAAGAAGAGAAGGGCAUUGAAUUGGCUCUUUCCAGAGAUGCAGCCGUUGACAAUGCUCAAGAAAAACCUCAUUCAAACAUUUUUGAACGAUCCAUUCAAGAAGAAUUAGAAUUACUCAAGUUGCAAAGUGAAAAUAACAUGGAGGCUAUUUAUGGAAUUGAAUCAUGUCCUCCUGGUUUCAAGCAUGGUCUUUUCCAAUCAGCCAAACAGACUGUUACAAAACAAAAAGAAAAUCAUAAUGCUGACGAGCGAUUGGACAUUGAGGCGAUGACUAUCGGUAAAAACCAACAAGGCCUUCUCGACGCCUAUAAACAAGACAUUUCAAAUUAUGAUCUUUCAAAUGAAGGAGAAGUAUUCAUGUCGGUAGAACAGCAGAGAGAAUUAAGAAGAAGACAGGAAAUGAAAUCUAAAAAGCAAGAGCUUGUAAAUUUCACAGACAUUUUUUCAUCAACAUUGAGUGAGGAUGUCUUUGGCAGCACUGAGGAAAGUGGACAGGUUUCUGAAGAAACAACAUCACAACAACAACCAGUCUCCCUACCUCCACAACAGGAUAUGGAAUCAAAACAAGAUGGUAAUAAGAUCAUUGUCCCCUCUCAAAAAAAGGCAAAAGAUACCAUUGAUGAUCUUUUAGAAGCUGAUGAAGAUGUUCUCUUCAGCUCAUUCAUUAGAAAACAGGGAAAAAAGCAAAAAGACAAUGAAUAUGCCAUCAUGACUAGAAUUGAUGUUAGCAACUUUAAACAGAUGGUUCCAGAAAUGGCCAUUCAAUAUCCUUUCGAUUUAGACAUUUUUCAAAAGGAAGCCAUUUAUCACUUGGAAAAUAAUGAAAGUGUGUUUGUUUCAGCUCACACUUCAGCUGGUAAGACAGUGGUAGCAGAAUAUGCCAUUGCAUUAGCUCAGAAACAUUUAACACGAGUUAUUUAUACAAGUCCAAUCAAGACACUUUCCAAUCAAAAGUUCCGUGAAUUCAAGAAAACAUUUGGUGAUGUUGGUAUUUUGACAGGUGACGUUCAAAUUAAUCCUACAGCCACUUGCUUAAUUAUGACAACAGAAAUUUUACGCUCCAUGCUCUACAAAGGAGCUGAUUUAAUUAGAGACGUAGAAUUUGUUAUUUUCGACGAAGUCCAUUAUGUGAACGAUCCUGAACGAGGUGUAGUGUGGGAGGAAGUGAUCAUUAUGCUUCCCAAGCAUAUCAAUCUCAUUUUACUUUCUGCUACCAUUCCAAAUACCUAUGAAUUUGCUGAUUGGGUUGGUCGAACUAAAAAGAAGCCAAUCCAUGUCAUUCAAACAUUGAAAAGACCUGUUCCUCUUGAACAUCAUCUCUAUUACAAUGGAAAUAUUUACAAAAUUGUGGAUUCCACCUCAAAAUUUCUCAGUGCAGGUUAUAGAAGCGCUCUCACUGCACAAGAAGAAAAGGAAGAAAAGAGUAAGAACAAGGGAGGCUUUAAGAAAACUCCAUACGCAAAGCUUAUUGAAACACUCAACAAAAAGAGUUUAUUACCAGCUGUAACUUUUGUUUUCAGCAGAAAGCAAUGUGAGGAAAUUGCUGUCAGUCUCCAAAAUACAGAUCUCAAUGAACCUGGUGAAAAGAAUGAAAUUCACAAGUUCAUCUCUCAAUCCAUCUCUCGAUUAAAAGGUACAGACAAGGAGUUGCCACAAAUUAUUAGAAUUUCAGAGCUAUUGAAACGUGGUAUAGGUAUUCACCACAGUGGUUUGUUACCAAUUGUGAAAGAAAUUGUUGAAAUUCUCUUCUCGAAGGGUCUCAUCAAAAUUCUCUUCGCCACAGAAACAUUUGCAAUGGGUGUGAACACUCCCACAAAAACAGUCGUCUUCAAUACUUUGUGGAAAUUCGACGGAAAGGACAAGAGAGAUUUACUUCCAGGUGAAUACAUUCAAAUGAGUGGAAGAGCUGGUCGUAGAGGUCUCGACACCGUCGGAAAUGUCAUUAUCAAUUGUGCUUCAGAAAUUCCUGAGGAACCUCUUCUUCAACGACUUAUUCUUGGAAAAGCAACUCAACUUGAGAGCAAGUUCAAACUGAGUUACAAUAUGAUUCUCAAUUUGAUGAGAGUUGAGGACUUUAAGAUUCAAGACAUGAUUAAGAGAAGUUUCUCUGAAAGUAAGACGUUGAGAAUUGUUCCCAAUAAGGAACUCUUAUUGAAGAGUAAGGAAAAAUUAGCAGAGAUUGAAAAAAUUGAUUGUAUUAACGGAGAGCCUGCCAUUGAUCAAUUCUAUGCAUUGGCUCGAGAGCUCGAAGAUGUGAAUCAAAAAAUCACUACUGAAAUUAUGAUCAGUCCAAAGAUUAAUGCAUUGACAACCUUUGGAAGAGUAGUCGUUGUGAGAUAUCGACUUGGAUAUACUUUGGGUGUCAUCUUACGACAAGAAUCGUCGACUUUGAGUACAAAUCGUGACGAAAAGUAUUAUUCAAUUUUAGGUGUUCGACUGAAUCCAUCAUUUGAAAAGAGAAAGCAAAUUAUUCCAAUACCAACACAAACUGGGCUUGCAGAAUUUUCUCCAAUUUUAUUGCCUCAGAGUGGAGAAAUUUCUACCAUCAUUAUUGCACCUUAUUGGGAUAUUUUAACUAUUUGUAAUGAAAAACUCAAUCUCUCACUUGCCAUUGAUGAAUUGAUUAACAAUGGAACUUCAAAAGAAACAUCAGAGAUGAGAGCAGCUGCAAAUCAAUUAAUUAAUCUUUGGAAAGAAAACCCUCCAACACCCAUCAAUGCAAUCAAAGAACUCAAAUUAACAUCACUUGACUUUUCUGAAGCGCUCUCAAAGAGACAACAAUUAAUUACAAAAUUACAAGAAAAUAAGUGCAAUAUUUGUCCAAAGCUUGCUGAACACUUUGACAAGACAGACAAACAGUACAAGAUUAAACAAGGUCUUGACAAGUUGAGAUUUGCACUUUCUGAUGAGAACUUGGAAUUAAUGCCAGAAGUGAGAAAGAGAAUCAAGGUUCUUAAAAUACUGAAAUAUGUUGAUGCCGAUGAAACAGUUCAGUUGAAAGGAAGAGUUGCUUGUGAGUUAAAUUCUUGCGAUGAAUUGUUGGUGACUGAAAUGAUAUUCGAAAACUUCUUUACUACCAUGUCAUGUGAAGAAGCUGUUGCUGUCAUGUCAUGCCUUGUUUGCCAAUCGAGAGGAGAGACAGAAGAACCCACUUUAACGAAACGACUUCAAGAAUUGAAAGAUAAGGUCUCCAACUUGGCACUCAGUUUGGGUCAACUUCAAAUGGAAAAUGGAUUGGACACAAGUCCAACAGAUUAUCUCUCCAAGACUCUCAAUUUCUCCAUGAUGGAGGUUGCUUAUGAAUGGGCUAUGGGUCAAGAGUUUAAAGAUAUUUGUGCCUUGACAUCAAUACCCGAAGGAACCAUUGUUAGGACGAUUUCUCAACUUGACCAAGCCUUAAGAGAUGUUAGAAAUGCUGCUCGUAUUAUUGGUGACAUUAAUCUCUAUCAAAAGAUGGAAGAAUCAUCAAGAAAGAUUCGUCGUGACAUUAUCUUUGCUGCUUCUUUGUUCUUAUUCCCAACCGAUCAAAAGUAA